AUGCAAAGAAUAAACACAAGAAUGGAUAAGAUCAAGUCGUAUGAGGAUCGAAUUGUGCGAGAAAACCGGGACGGGGUAUCAGCUAACGAUGAGGAUCUUGAUUUGGACGAGCUGAUGGAUGAGAUCGAGGACGAAGAGUUUAUGUCGAGCUACAGAGAGAAACGAAUGCAAGAGGUGAGCGAUCACCUGCGAUUAGUUGAAAAGAACGUCAGGAAUGAAGGGUAUGGAUCAUUGAAGGUCAUUGAGGAUGAAUCGACACUGAUGAAAACUGUAGCGAAAGUACCGAACGCAGUUGUACAUUUUGGACUUGAUAAAUUCGCAAAGUGUCAAUACAUGGAUCAAAAAUUGAAUCAAGUGGCUGAAAAAUAUCUUACCACCAUGUUUUUGAGGACCAAUGUCGAUCAAUGCCCGUUUCUAGUCUCGAAACUGGGAAUCAAAGUAUUACCGUUCGUGAUAUGCUAUAAAAACGGGCAAGAAGUACUUCGUAUCCUUGGGUUUUCAAAACUGGGCAAUAAUCCAAACUCAUUCCCACUAGAUGCAUUGGUCAAGCUUUUACGAAGCAAUAAGGUCAUCUCUGCGAAGUAUAAGGAUGACGAAACAUCUAGCGACAGCGAUUAA